UCUCUAUUGACCUGGAGUUGUGAUCUCCAAAGCCUUCCCCACUGACUGACAAACGGCGUCGUACCAUUUUGGAAUCGAGUUGAAGGCUGUGAGGACGGGGGGGAAGAUGAGACCUCCCAGCCCUCUGCUGAUCCUGCUGUACGUCACGCUGUCCAAGAGUGUAAAGGUGGUCUCUAAGAGAGGCUCAGUGGACGGCUGUACAGAUUGGUCAGUGGACUACCUUAAGUACCGAGUGCUGCAGGGUGAGCCGGUGCGGCUGAAGUGCGCACUGUUCUAUGGUUACAUCCGGGCCAACUACAGCCAGGCACAGAGUGUGGGCCUCAGCCUCAUGUGGUAUCGCAGCUCUGGCCUGGGCCACAGCGACUUUGAGGAGCCCAUCUCUUUCGACGGUAUACGUAUGAGCAAGGAGGAGGAUGCCAUCUGGUUCAGACCUGCUGACCUCCAGGAUGCGGGACUCUACUCUUGCGUCUUACGGAACUCCACGUACUGCAUGAAGGUGUCUAUGUCUCUGACUGUGGCAGAGAAUGACACAAACCUGUGCUUCAACUCCAAUAUGAGACGAACUGAGAAGGCUGAGCUCAGCAAGAGCAAAGACAUCCUCUGUCCUGACAUAGAUGACUAUGUUGAACCUGGCAAAGGGCCGGACAUCAUCUGGUACAAGGAGUGCCGUCCAAAGCAGUGGCGCGCCAGUAUCAUCCAGAAGAGAGACAUUCUGUCUAUACAGGAGGUAAAGGAAGAUGACAUUGGGAAUUACACCUGUGAAGUCCAGUUUGGUGGCUUUGUGGUCAGGAGGACAACAGAACUCACAGUCACUGGAUCGGAGUCGCCGCGACGCCUCAGCGACUGCGGGGCCUGUGCCACGGGGGGAGUGCAUCCGACCAUCCUCUAG